AUGUGCCUCCACAGAAUCAACCCAUCAUACAGUGAGAUUCGUCGCAGGACUAUAGAGGUCUAUGGUCAACGGCCCUGCAUCCUUCAAAUUCAAAUAUGUGCUGCUAUCCUCCGCGGCGACUUGAAUGUCGCAGCCUGCGCGCGCACCGGCUUUGGGAAAUCUCUAGCGUUCAUGAUGCCCUUGCUGUUCAGCUCGGACUCGAUCAUAAUUGUUGUUACUGCUUUGAAUCUCCUGGGCUCCCAAACUGUCGCUCGGCUUGAGAAAGCUGGGAUCAAUUCCAUUGCGAUCUCAGGGAAGAAUGAUACAGAGGAGACUGCAAAGGCAGUAAAGGCCGGACAGUACCGUCUUGUCGUCGUGAAUCCGGAGGUUCUCAUGAAACCAAAUGGCCAUUUUGAAUGUCUGUGGGACCACGAACCCUUCACGCGGCGCCUCCUCUCCAUUGUGUUCGAUGAAGCUCAUUGCAUCAGUACCUGGGGAACAUUCCGCCCCGACUACAAACAUCUGAAGCGCCUUCGCUAUUUACUCACGCGCUGCCCACACGUCCGUUACUGCCUACUAUCUGCCACCCUUUCAGCGACAAUCCUCCACGACAUCUAUGACACUCUGAACCUCACCAAGGAGAACACACUCGAGCUUCUGCGGCCAAAUGACCGGCCAAAUGUCUUCCUCGCCGUGCGUGAGAUGCAGCACUCUGUGUCUUCGUUCAAGGAUCUGGAUGACUUGGUCGCACCAAAAGUCAAUGGCCGGCGGCAGUUAACCAAGAAGAAAUUCAUCAUUUUCUUCGACAACAUCAAGGAGGCUGAAGCAUGCUGCUUGCACCUACGCUCUCUUGUUGGUCCUGAAGACGAGAAGAAGCUCAUCUGGUUCCAUUCGAUCAUGUCGGACACUUUCCGCGAGGACGAGACUUCCGCGGUCGCAUUGGGUGAGCGUACCGGUGUCUGUGGCACUGACUCGCUUGGAAUGGGCAUCGACAUCAAGGACAUCGAGCUGAUCAUCCAAUGGAAGCUUACCUGCAACAUGGAGACAUUGUGGCAGCGCUUCGGGCGAGGUGCACGCGAUCCCGCCCUCGAAGCUCUCGCAAUUAUCUUUGUUGAGCCGAAGUACUUCGAUGAACCCCCACUUCCACCAGCC